UUAGAAACUCCGACGAGGUCUCUGAACAAGCUAGCGCAACCCCUUUUAUUUCCACUUCAGCAUCUGAAUUCAGUUUUCCGUUUUUCCUUCUACUUUUUCGAAGCAAGGAAAGAGAAAAGGCUGCGGGAAGUGUUUUCGAAGUGUGCUAUUUGUUCUUCAAAGACAAAGCAGGUUAACUAUUCCGGCGAAGUAUUAAAGGUCGGUUCUUCUAGUUGGGUUCAUUGGGCCUAGGGUUUGUAGAGCUAGUUCAAGGGUGGCGUUUUGUCUUGUGGGGGAGAGAGUGCAUUGGGACUUUUCGUGGACAUUCCGAGCAAAUUUUGGUAAUUUUUCCUUUAGGGCAGAGGUGGUUUUGAACAGUGGCUUUGGUUCUGUUUGUUUCUCGCUUGAGCUGGAGCAGAAGAAGUCUCUGUGGGGGAAGAAACUGACCGGCAAAGUGACUUCUUCUUAGUGAAUUUGAUUUUCCUUUUUUUUGAUUACGCAUUAAGUUGGUAAUUUUGAGGGGUUAAACUGUUGCAUUUGUAGAAUUGGAAAAGGUUGGGUUUUGGAGCUUAAUUUUUGCAGUUGAUGAGAUACAAAGACUGCCCAUAUACUUAACAUGGAUAUUGAUACAGUAGACGAAGUAGCUUGCUUUGAUCCUGAACUCUUGCAGCUUAAUGAGGUGUCUCCAUUUGCUCUUAAAACAAGCCCUCAACUAGUGGAGGAAUUGUACUCUCAGUGGCUUUCCCUUCCAGAUACAGCCCAACUGGUGAAAUCUUUGAUAAAUGAUGCAAAGGUAGGGAAUGCCAUUCAUGUCUUUGGGAACUUGUCAAAUCCAAAUGCUGCUGGGAGCAAUUCACUGCCUUCCAUGUUUCCUGCUGGCAAUGCACCUCCACUUUCACCCAGAAGUUCAUCUAGUUCUCCUCGCACAUCAAAGCAAAGGAAUAGCCCGUCGUCUCUAGGUUCUCCAUUAAAAUUUGUUAUUGAACCAGUAGAAGAAGUGAUACCUCAGUUUUAUUUUCAAAAUGGCCGGCCACCACCAAGAGAUCUGAAAGAACACUGUCUUUCUAGUAUUAAUCAUCUCUUUAAUAAUCCUCUGAAUGGAUUGCAAAUAGACGAGUUCAAAUCAGUGACAAAGGAUGUUUGCAAGCUACCAUCUUUCCUUUCCUCUGCACUAUUUAGAAAGAUAGACAUUGACUGCACUGGGAUAGUAACAAGGGAUGCCUUCAUUAAGUUUUGGGUUGAUAACAACAUGCUGGCAAUGGAUGUAGCCACUCAAGCAUUUAAAAUUAUUAAGCAGUCAGACCGCAACUAUCUUACUCAGGUUGACUUCAAACCUGUUCUUCAAGAACUUUUGGCAACUCAUCCGGGAUUAGAAUUCCUACGAGGAACUCCUGAGUUUCAAGAAAGAUAUGCUGAAACUGUCAUAUACAGAAUAUUUUAUUAUAUAAACAGAUCAGGGAAUGGCCGUCUUACCCUGAGGGAGCUGAAACGUGGAAAUCUGAUUACUGCAAUGCAACAAGCAGAUGAGGAAGACGACAUUAACAAAGUUCUUAGGUACUUCUCAUAUGAACAUUUUUAUGUUAUAUACUGUAAGUUCUGGGAGCUGGACACAGACCAUGACUUCUACAUUGACAAAGAGAGUCUUAUGAAAUAUGGUAAUUAUGCCCUCACAUACAGAAUUGUUGACAGAAUUUUUUCACAGGUUCCAAGGAGGUUUUCCAGCAGAGUUGAAGGGAUGAUGAGUUAUGAAGAUUUUGUUUACUUCAUGCUCGCUGAGGAGGACAAAUCUUCUGAGCCGAGCCUGGAGUAUUGGUUUAAGUGUAUAGAUUUGGAUGGAAAUGGAGUGCUUACGUCAACUGAAUUGCAAUUCUUUUAUGAGGAGCAGCUACAUCGGAUGGAAUGCAUAGCCCUAGAACCUGUACUCUUUGAAGAUAUAUUGUGUCAAAUAGUUGACAUGAUUGCACCUGAGAGAGAAGAUUAUAUCACUUUGCGUGAUUUGAAAGGAUGCAAACUUUCUGGAAAUGUUUUCAAUAUCCUAUUCAAUCUCAACAAGUUCAUGGCAUUUGAAACUCGUGACCCAUUUCUUAUUCGCCAGGAGCACGAGGAUCCAACAUUAACAGAGUGGGAUCGCUUUGCACACAGGGAAUAUGUCAGGCUUUCAAUGGAAGAAGAUGUUGAAGAUGUAUCAAAUGGGAGUGCUGAUGUUUGGGAAGAAUCCCUCGAAGCUCCAUUUUAGGUUUGUUGACUUGGGCUUAAUGGAACGCUGGCCGAUCAAUUAAAUUUUGAUUGAAGACAGGUUAGGUGGAUUCUCCUUUUUGGUAAAUGUUAAGCGGAUAUGCUUCUUGGACAGAACUAAUUGUGAGUUGCAACUUGAACGGUGGUAUUCAAGCAGCCAUAAUCUUUGAAUGUGAAUAUCGUGUCUUCCAGGCAAAUCCCCUGGAUGUUCAGCAAUUACGUUCAGUUGUGCUCCAAAAUGUGACUAAUCUGGGUUGGGAUCAUUUCCCAGGUAUAGAUGGCAGUUUUUUGCUUGGCUGUUAAUGGCUUCCCAACUGCCCCUCUCAUUUUUCCAGUUCUUGUACAAUGGAUACGGUGUUAUUUGGUCUCUUACCAAAUAGAGAAGGGGAUAACACACAAGAAAAGUAGGAAUUCAGUUUAGAAUUUUUACUCUAGUUUGAUGGUGGUCAGAAGACAAAUUCAUUCUUCCUUGAUCACAUUAUGGAACCAAAUUUUAUAUGUUCUUGUAAAUGCACGUUACUUUUUGCUACGAACCUACUCAUAUCAUCAUGCUGUCUGUGAUCCUCUUCUUCUUCCUUUUUCGUUCAAACUAGGCAAUUAAGCUACAAAUAUCGA